CGGGCUGCGGAGGGGAGGCGGGCAGGGAAGUCUCGCCGGGGAGCUGCCCGCUCCGUGCAGGGCAGAGCGCAGCGGAGGCGGACAGGGGCGCCCCGCCGGGGGCUGCGGGGGGCGGCGCGGGGUGCCGCCCCGGGGCCGGGCCGCUCCAGCCCCGCGGGCCCGUGGGGGCCGAGCCCCCCCCCGUCCGAGCACACACCCCACACACACCUCCAGCCGCGGGGCGUGGGCGCGGCGGCCCCAUGGGCGGGGGCGGGGGCGGCUCUGCGCGGGGGCCGCCUGCCGCGGCUGAUGCCGCUACCGGCCGCCCGCGGGGCGGCUGAGGCGGGCGCCGGGGCCGGGGCCGGGGCCGGGGCCGGGGGAGGCGGCGGCGGGAUGCUCCCGGCCAUGUGGCGGCCGGGGGUGCGCGGGGUCCUGGGCCGGGCGUUCGUGCUGCUGCUGCCGCCCUGCGCCCUGCUGCUGGCGGCGGUGCCUGGCUCCGCGUCCCACCCGCAGCCCUGCCAGAUCCUGCGGCGCAUCGGGCACACCGUCCGGGUGGGGGCCACCCACCUGCAGCCCCGCGCCACCGCCUGGCCCGGGGAGGCGGGGGGCGGGCGGCGGGCGGGGGGCAGCUCGCAGGAGGGGAGAGCGGCGGGGCCGCGGGGCCGGCGGCCGGGUGGUGGCGGGGAGCGGCGGCCGCCACCCUUGCUAUCGCCCUCGCCGCGGGACGCGCUGCUGCUGGCCGUGGCCAACCUCAACGGCGUGGCCGGGCUGCUGCCCUACAACCUGUCCCUGGAGGUGGUGAUGGCGAUCGAGGCGGGGCUGGGCGACCUGCCCCUGUUCCCCUUCUCUUCCCCCAGCGCCUCCUGGAGCAACGACCCCGUCUCCUUCCUGCAGAGCCUCUGCCACACCGUGGUGGUGCAGGGGGUCUCCGCCAUCCUCGCCUUCCCGCAGAGCCGCGGCGAGAUGCUGGAGCUGGACUUCAUCUCGGCGGCGCUGCGCAUCCCCGUGGUCAGCAUCGUGCUGGGAGAGUUUCCCCGGCGGAGCCCGAGCCUAUAUGUUCGACUGCAUCCUACAAAUGACAAAGAAACCUUUCAAAAUAAAAUUAGGAAGAAUCCCCUUCACCUGCAGAUGAGUUUAGAAAACUCACUAAGUUCUGAUGCUGAUGUCACUUUCUCGAUCCUUGCAAUGAACAACUGGUAUAAUUUCAGCCUGAUGCUAUGUCAGGAGGAGUGGAACAUCACAGAUUUUCUCUUCCUCACACAACAGAGUUCCAAGUUCCAUCUGGGAUCCAUUAUAAACAUUACAGCAAACCUCACUUCAACCAGUGACCUUCUGAACUACUUACAGUUUUACCUGGAGAGUAUCAAAGACACAACGUCUACCAUGGUGAUGUUUGGAUGCGACAUGGAAAAAACACGAAGGAUUUUUGAAAUUACCACCCAGUUCGGUGUGAUGCCUCCAGAACUUCACUGGAUUAUUGGGGAUUCACAGAACGUGGAAGAACUGAGGACAGAAGGUUUGCCACUUGGCCUCAUUGCUCAUGGCAAGACAACACAGUCGGUCUUUGAGCAUUAUGUGCAGGAUGCAAUGGAGCUGGUAGCAAGAGCUGUAGCAGCAGCCACCAUGAUUCAACCUGAACUAGCUCUUAUUCCAAGUACAAUGAACUGCAUGGACACAGAUGAAAGGAAUAUCACUUCAGGGCAGUACUUGUCAAAGUUUCUAGCCAACACAACUUUUGACGGUCUCAGUGGCCACAUUAAGGUCAAAGGCUCCUCCAUUGUCAGCUCAGAAAACAACUUCUUUAUCUGGAAUCUGCAGCACGACCCUGUAGGGAAACCAAUGUGGACUCGUCUAGGAAGCUGGCAAGAAGGAAGGAUAAUAAUGGACUAUGGAAUAUGGCCAGAACAGGCCCAGAGACAUAAAAAUCACAUGCAACACCCCACCCGGCUGCACCUCAGAGUGGUAACUCUCAUUGAGCAUCCAUUCGUCUUUACAAGAGAUGUAGAUGAGGAAGGUCUUUGCCCAGCAGGGCAGCUGUGUCUGGAUCCUUUGACCAAUGAUUCAGCCAUGCUGGAUAACCUGUUUGAAACCCUUCAAGGAGGGAAUGACACUGUUCCCAUUGAGCUGAAGAAAUGCUGCUAUGGUUACUGCAUUGACCUGCUGGAGAAGCUAGCUGAAGAUAUGAAUUUUGAUUUUGACUUGUAUAUUGUUGGUGAUGGAAAAUAUGGAGCCUGGAAGAAUGGCCACUGGACAGGGCUGGUGGGAGACCUUCUUGCUGGCACAGCUCACAUGGCAGUGACAUCAUUUAGCAUUAACACUGCACGCAGCCAAGUGAUUGAUUUCACCAGCCCUUUCUUUUCAACCAGUUUGGGCAUCUUGGUGAGGACCAAAGACACAGCAGCUCCUAUUGGAGCCUUUAUGUGGCCACUUCACUGGACUAUGUGGCUGGGGAUAUUUGUUGCUCUCCACAUCACAGCUAUAUUCCUCACCUUAUAUGAGUGGAAAAGUCCUUUUGGGAUGACCCCCAAAGGAAGGAACAGGAACAAAGUCUUCUCUUUCUCCUCUGCCCUGAAUGUCUGCUAUGCCAUCUUAUUUGGAAGAACAGCUGCCAUCAAACCCCCCAAGUGCUGGACUGGAAGGUUUUUAAUGAAUCUCUGGGCUAUUUUCUGUCUGUUUUGUUUGUCCACAUACACAGCCAACCUAGCUGCUGUCAUGGUAGGAGAGAAGAUCUAUGAAGAGCUUUCUGGAAUACACGACCCAAAGCUCCACCACCCAUCCCAAGGCUUUCGGUUUGGAACCGUGCGAGAAAGCAGCGCAGAAGACUAUGUGAGGCAAAGCUUCCCAGAGAUGCAUGAGUACAUGCGACGGUACAAUGUCCCUGCAACCCCAGAUGGAGUAGCAUAUCUAAAGCAUGAUCCAGAGAAACUCGAUGCCUUCAUCAUGGAUAAAGCACUCUUAGAUUAUGAAGUAUCAAUAGAUGCUGACUGCAAGCUUCUAACUGUGGGAAAACCCUUUGCCAUUGAAGGAUAUGGUAUUGGUCUUCCCCCCAACUCUCCGCUCACCUCAAACAUCUCUGAACUGAUAAGCCAGUACAAGUCCCAUGGUUUCAUGGAUGUUCUGCACGACAAAUGGUACAAGGUUGUUCCAUGUGGGAAAAGAAGCUUUGCUGUCACAGAGACUCUGCAAAUGGGCAUCAAGCACUUUUCUGGGCUCUUUGUGAUGUUGUGCAUUGGGUUUGGCUUGUCCAUUCUCACUACCAUUGGGGAACACAUUGUCUACAGACUGGUCCUACCACGAAUCAAGAAGAAAUCCAAGAUGAAGUACUGGCUCCAUACAAGUCAGAGAUUACAUCGUGCUCUGAACAGUUCUUUUACUGAGGACAAACAUCAGCCUAAGACAAAACGAGUAGAAAAGAGGUCCCAUGUAGGGAACAGCCAGCAUGCUGUGUGGAAUACAGCCAAUCUGGGCAACUGUCAUCGGAAAAAAUAUAUCUGCACCGAUGAAGGGCAAAACGAGGUGACGAUCCGACAGCACCAAGACAUCCCCCUGCCCCAGGUAGGGAGAGAGACUCCAGCUUCUUUAACGACCAACGGGAAAGCAGAGUCCCUCAAUAUUGCUAGGACCUCAGUGGUGCAAGAGCUUAUGGAGCUGGAGAAGCAGAUCGAAAUCAUCAAGCAGGAGCUGCAACUCGCCAUGGACAGGAAAUCAGAGCUGGAAGAGUAUCAGAGGACAAACAGGACUGCAGAGCCCUAGGCCAGCAUACUUGGGCCUUUCCCCCUUUUAUUCCCUUCCUCUGUAAAAUUUGUAACACACUUUUGUAAUGCCAGAAAGAGGUGCAAAAAUAAAGCAGGCAAUAUGCUCUUCAUGAGAGCAGAAUUGCAGCAGCCCACAG